AACAGUGCUUGAAUAAUAAGAAAAAUUCAUUUGUAAAGUGACAUUUAUUGUGAUCAGACGUUGAUAAAAGUGUUUGUAAUAUUUUUGUGCAUUGGAGCUAAUAGAAGUGUUAUGAAAAUAUAACGAUUGAUGUCUUACAAAUAAUUAACAGAAAACAUUUAGAGGAACUCACACGAAGAUUUAAAUUAGGAGACAAAAUAGUUUUUGAGUUUAAUAUUAAUAAAUGGAGAGAAGAAAUCGGAAAACCUAUUGAAAACGAAUAUUACUCAGACGUGGCCAAUAUUUCGUCUAUCUCACGGAAAUCUAGCUGUUCUUCUAUUACUUUAUCUCAAGAACCUCUGAAAGAACGCUUUGACUCCAAUACCUGUGUAAAACUGACGACAAUUUUGAACCAAAAUAAAAUUGGCAAAAGAAUUUUAGAGACCUAUAAAAAAUACGAACAUAUAAAUGAAGAUCAACGAAAUUUAAUAAUUACAACAAUAGCUAGUUAUUUUCAUGCAAAUGAGUUGCACAUGUCUUUACAAGAAAGCUAUAAUUUGGAAAAACAAAUAAUAGAAAUGUUUCCCAAUGAGAAACUCCAUUCUUACCGCACCGACAGACGUGGAAAGCUAUAUGUAAAAUACAACAAUAUGAAAAGAAAUCACAUUUAUCAGAAAGAUAGAGAUGUCAAUUCACCUAAGGCAUCCAAACCUGCAGAUUAUAUCGUUUCUGAAGAAAACGCCAAAGAAAUAAUUCAUAGUUUAAAAUACGAUAAUGUCGACCAAGAACAAUUUUUAAAAAUGUGGCAGUCAUGCGCAAAUUACCGAAUACGUCAAAUUUUUGAUGAGCACGAUAACCUUAAGGAUAUAUUUAAAACCUGGCCACAGUAUAAAGAGGGUCUUGGAGUAAAGUUGAUUAACAUGGACUUCGGAGUGCUGCAUAAAGACUACACACCAAUAUUCGAAUGGGAAACUAAACUUAUUACGGUGUAUAAUGUGAUUAAGAAGGAAAAAUACAUUAAAGAUGCUGGAAUUAAAUCAGUUUUCGAUAGAAUUGAUCCAUCAGACGCAGCUUCAAACAUGUCUUUAUUUAUGAUGCGCUUGACUUGGUGUCUACACGGCUACUUAUAUCCAACAUCAAAAUACCUCCGUAAAGAUAAAGAUGGAAAGAAAACGUAUGGGAAAUACACCAUAAAAGACUCCCAAGAAUCGUCAAUAUUCCUCGCACGAAGUAUCCAAGAAGUAGACAACCACUUAAAUUUCUUAGAAAAGAGAAAUGAGAAUAUUCAACCUUUUAUUUUUGUUGUUGGAGAUGACAAUUUAGAAGAUAAUGACUACAAUUUCUAUGUUUAUUUAGACCAUGCAUUGCUACAUUUUGUAGAUUUCCAGCGAGCACUAGAUACUUGCUUCAAAAGCUUUUUCUUAUUUAAUUUAGAAUUUCCCGGAGCAUCCAAUCAGUUCUGGAUCUUUGUUCAAGAGUACUUCUAUGACAUGAAAUCAGCUCACACAAAAAAUUUUUCAAAAAUACUAAAUAUUUUAAGCGAUUUAAAUUAUACCGAGAACUGAUUUAUAUAUAAAUUAUCUACAUUUAAUAUUUAAUUUUGUAUUUGAAUAUAAUUCAAACGCUUAUGUACAUUUUUAAAUUUUAUCACAUUUAUUUAUUAAUUCAUUAUUCUAAGGAAAUAUUGAAAUCUAUAUUCAUUGUAAA